CUGGGGCUUGAACUCAGGGCCUGAGCACUGUCUCUGUUCCUGGCUUCCUUUUGCUCAAGGCUAGUACUCUACCACUAAGCCACAUUCCCAGCCCUGCUUUUUAAGUUCUUAAAUGGCACAGAUCUAGUAAUCCUGUCUUUGUCCUACCAUGUAGUAUAGAUUAUAAAUAGAUGACACCCAAAAUAGCUUCUUGAUGCUCCAAGUUUCUCCCUCUGCCCUAAAAUUGUCACCUGGUUGAGAAAUUUCAUUUAUAAAUAAGCAGUUUCUGUUUCAGGUCUGGUUUACCUGACAUUCACACCCCACCCAAACCUCCAGCUUAACAACGUGGAUUAGGUGUUAUUCAAAUCCUUAGCCACAGUGAGGAUGCCCUCUACCAACCAACACAGCCUGCAAUGUCAAGUUCUUCCUUUUGCCUCCACUUCCUAGCGGCUGCAACCACCUGAGCUGGGAGAAUAUUUGCCGUGAAUUUCCCUUGUUCUUUCCUGCUGUCUUAUCUCUUUUUUCUUUUCUUUCCUGCCAUCCAGCUCCAGAUGGCUCAGCAGUGCCUCCAAAGUGAGUAUUUUGACAACCUGCUGUACGCUUGCAAACCUUGUCACCUUCGAUGUUCCAAGGCUCCUCCUGCGAUGUGUCAGCGGUACUGCAACACAAGUUUGACCAGUUCAGCAAAAGCCAACAAUGCUAUUCUCUGGACCUGUCUUGGCCUCAGCUUGAUAGUUUCUUUGGCAGUUUUCAUGUUAAUGUUCUUGUUAAAGAAGAUGAGCUCAAAACCACUGAAGGAGGAAUUUAAAAACACAGGAUCAGUGCUGCUGGAUGUGGCUGAUGCUGACCUGGACAGCAGGCCUGGUGAUGAUGCCAUUCUUCCAAGAAGCCUGGGCUACACGGUAGAAGAAUGUACUUGUGAAGAAUGCACCAGGAACAAAGCUAAGAUGGACUCUGACCAUGUCUUUCCCCUCCCAGCCACGGAGGAAGGCGCAACAGCUCUGGUCACCACGAAGACCGAUGGUGACUGCAGGAGUCUGUCAUCUACUACAGGCAUCGCGGUGAUGGAGAAACCAGUGUCUGCCAGAUAAACGAACUUCGUGACCAUCAGAAGGACGUCUUACUUCCUUUUAGGAUGACCAUGUUUAUCAAUUGCCAAGAGAGCUUUUUGUCCUUCAACUGUAUGUUAGGUGCAUUUCUUGGUUAUAUUAUCCAGAUCUUAGCUGUGGAAAGUUCCUUGGUUUCAUGAUUAAAUUCUUUUUUUUUUCUGUUGAGAAUUCUGAUUUAUUUUCUGAAUAAAAAAAAAAGUCUGUUCUAAUUAUAAAGGUUUGGUUUCCCAAUGAUCUUUCUCAAUGCAAUGCUCAGAAUGGUGUUAGUAUCUUCUACCUCAUUUUCAUAAUAAAAUUAUUGACUCUGAAAAAAAUAAAACAAAACAAAAACACCACUGAAACCGUUAUGCUCCAAGUUCUCCCAUUUCUAU